AUGAGAUCGGCAUUUAAAGACGAACAUCCCUUUGAAAAGAGAAAGGCUGAAUCAAGUAGAAUUACUCAAAGAUUUAAAGAUCGAGUUCCUGUUAUUUGUGAAAAGGUUGAGAAUUCAGAAAUACCAGAAAUUGAUAAACGGAAAUAUUUAGUUCCAUUAGAUUUAAGUGUGGGACAAUUUGUUUAUGUGAUUAGAAAAAGAAUUAAAUUACCAAGUGAAAAGGCUAUUUUUAUUUUUAUUAAUGAUAUUUUACCUCCAACUUCUGCUUUAAUUAGUACUAUUUAUGAAGAACAUAAAGAUGAUGAUGGAUUUUUAUAUGUAUUAUAUUCUGGUGAAAAUACAUUUGGAGAAAAAUUUGAAAUUGAUUUAUCAUCCAUUGAUUUUGAAAAAGAAUUAAAGGAUUAUUAG